AUGAAGUUCGCUGCUGCUGCCACUGCCCUCUUCGCCGGCCUUGCUGCCGCUGCUCCCUCUGCUAAGGCUCGCCGCACCGACUACGUCGACCUCACCUUCUGGGCUGCUGCUGAGAACACCUUCACUGAUGCCUUCCCCAUCGACGGAUCUAGCAAGACCGUCGACUCCGACCUUUCUUUCACCUACAUCUCCAGCGAUGGAGCCUACAACGUCAAGUGCGAGGCCCACGGCAUCGACGGAAGCGUCACCUAUGUCUACGGCUCUGCUCAAAACGUCCCCAUUGGCCCUCCUCAGGUCCAGACCGAGGUCAUCUGCAAAUACUACUAA